AUGAGAAGCAUGGAUAUUCCGAAGGGGCGGUAGUUGCUGCCAUGUUUGGGUCCCAGAAGCCUUGAGAGGGUGCUCCAAGUGCUCCAUCGACCUUGUUGACCGUGCUUUCACUUAGGGAGGACACCUGGAUGCAUCGGAAGCAGAAGAUGGGUCCAGUGACUUUUGAGGACGUGGCUGUGAACUUCAGUCUAGGAGAAUGGGCUCUGCUGGAUUCUUACCAAAAGAAGCUCUACAGAGAUGUGAUGAUGGAAACCUUCAUGAACCUGAUCUCCAUAGGGAAGACAGAGGAAGAAAGUAUGGAUGUGAACUACCCACAGCUCCAGAGAAACUUGAGAAUUCAGGUGGUUGAGAAAUUCUGUGACUAUGAACAUAGCAGUCAGUGUGGAAAGACUCACCAACAGAUGACAGAGCAUAUUGUUAAUGGGGAGAGUCAUCCUGCAGUCACGGUUUAUGAAAGCAGUGUGAAUGUAAAAGACAUCAAUGGUCACUCAUCCUCAGAUGUGCUCCUUAGAGGUCAAAAUGAAGAGAAACCAUACAGAUGUCAGGAACUCGUGGAAAAAGCUAUCAAACGUGAAAAAUGUUGGAAAGACGUCACCUAUUCUGAAUCCUUCCAUACACUUGAGAGUGUUCCUGCCACAGAGAACAGUUGUGAAAAUACACAGACCUAUGAAUCUUACAGGACUCUUACGCCUCAUCAAGAUUCUAAGAGAGCCCACACUGGAGAUGAGCUACAUGAGUGUAAACAAUUUGAGAAAACCUUAAAGGGAGAAAGUGAUAUUCAAAUAUAUGAAAGGAUCCAUACUGGAGAAAAACCACUUGAGUAUAAGCAAUGUGGAGAAGCCUUUGUUAAUUCCAGUCACCAGACCAAACAUCAGAGAAUUCACACAAGAGAAAAAACAUACUCAUGUAGACACUGUGGUGAAACUUUCCUGUAUUCCAUGGCCUGUCAUAAUCAUGAAAAAACUCACAAAAGAGAAUGGAGUUUCAUAUGUAAGUAUUGUGGGAAAGCAUGCAUUCAUUCUUAUCAACUUCUUCAGCAUGAAAGAAGCCAUACUCGAGAGAAACGGUAUACAUGUGCUCAGUGUGGCAAAGCGUUUAGACGGUCCUCAAACCUUCACAAACAUGAAAGAAUUCACAGUGAAAGGAAACUUUAUGCAUGUAAACAUUGUGGGAAGGCCUUUAUCAGUGAGGGCAACUGUUCCAACCAUGAACGAAUUCAUACUGCAGGAAAAACCUACGUUUGCAAGCAGUGUGGGAAAGGGUUUACAUGUUCCUCAUACCUUCAAAAGCAUGAAAGACGCCAUACUCAAGAGAAACAGUAUACAUGUGCUCAGUGUGGCAAAGCGUUUAGACGGUCCUCAAACCUUCACAAACAUGAAAGAAUUCACAGUGAAAAGAAACUUUAUGCAUGUAAACAUUGUGGGAAGGCCUUUAGCAGUGCGGGCAACCGUUACAACCAUGAACAAAUUCAUAAUGCAGAAAAAACCUACAUUUGCAAGCAGUGUGGGAAAGGGUUUACACUUUCCUCUUACCUUCGAAAGCAUAAAAGAAUUCACACUGGAGAGAAGCCCUAUACAUGUAAAUAUUGUGGGAAAGCCUUCACCCAUUCGGGUGCUCAUCACAAGCAUGAAAAAAUUCACACUAGAGAGAAACCAUAUGUGUGUGUAUAGAGUGUGGGCAGGCAUUCACCUUUUCCAAAUCCCUUCAAAUACAUGAAAGAACUCAUAGUGCUAGAGAGAAAUUCUACAAAUGUAAGCAGUGUGGGAAAGUGUUUGCAUGCUUCUUACACUUUCAAAGGCAUGAAAAAUCUCGGUCAUGGAAAGAAACCCAUUGGGUAGAACUUGUACCUAUGUAAGCUAUGUGUAACUAGUCAACUUGGUUUUGAGACUAUUUGUUUAUCAUUUGUCUCAUUUGCAUGAGGUUUGGGGCAAGAAUACACUCAUGCCUCAGUGGACAUGUGGGGAGCAGCAGACAGCUUUCUGGAUUCAGUUCUCAUAUUUUCGUUAUGUGAGUCCCAGUGAUGGAGCUCAGAUCCUCAGUCUCAGCCACACGACCCUUCUAAGCCAUCCCAUCAGCAUUUAACUUGCUUUUUUUAAUGAAUGAGAUUUCUUUUUUUUUUAACGCGAAAAUAUCUCAAUCUUUAUUUUUAAGGAUAAUUGUCAUUAAUACAGGAAGAACUGAUAUUAUAAAAAUCAGAAAACAUUAGCAUUCAAUAAACAAAAAUUAACUGAAGGCUGAUCAGGAACAUAUGCUUGGCAUUGGAAGAAGGAUGUAUGCUAAUCUUCUUAAACAAUUGCUAGAAAGUAAAAAAAAAAAAAGUUCUAACAGGGCUACAGUGUGCUGGGCAGUAACUUGUAGAUAAACAUGUUUUAGACAAUGGGUGGUAUUCAAAGCUCAGUCUAUGACAUGGUAGUUCUUCAGCCGGAAGUAAGUCGAGGUUUCCUGGUAACAGAGUUUAUUCAUGCAGACGCUGUGAGGCCACUGGCAUGAUUCAACACAAACCAUUCCCAUUUCAAGAAAGCAAGUGACAGAGCAGUGACAGCAUCAGCCUCUCAAGGAGUGCGGUCAGGAGCAGGAGGUCUGCAGUUUCUCACUUUGGAUUCCUUUACAUCUCUAAGAAUAUGGUAAGAAACAAAAAAGUACAAAAACAAAAAAGCCACAUGGAGACCUUCUCACCCUUUACUAACAUAGCAGAAGGAAAGAAACAAACAAAAGCGGGUUGUCGCUAAAGCCUUCAACACUACAAUAGACUGUGAGUCGAAAAAGAAAAGCCACAGUCCUGUUGCUUGGAGAAUGGAUCGAACUAGAGAACAUUACAGUAGGCACAGGAAAGUGGAUGCGGAAAAAUAACCAAGGACACUGUCUGUCAUUCACAGCCGCUAGGGGCAACAUUUUAAAUGGAGGGGGAACUCUCUGGGAUAAAAGGAGAACCAGGAGGAGGCGGGCGAGGGUAAGGGUGGGUGUGAUCAGAGCACAUCAUACAGGUACCUCAUACACAUUGGAGAAAAGGAAGCUCAUUACCUCAUACAAUAUACACUAAUAAAAACCAAAAUCUAUGAAUGUGAAUGCAUUUUACUAUGUCAAAUACUGAGUCAAUGCUGAUACUAAUGGUUAAUAAACUACAAAACAUUAAAAACAUAAAAUAUAGUCGAUCCUAGAAUCUGAAAACUCAUUCCUUCUUUCUUUAAUGAUUUCGUAUACAGAAAUUCCUAAAAAUAAGAGUAACCAUUGGCACGCCAGUGGAUCAUGAAAACAUGAUGCUUUUUAUCAAAAUGGAGGGAAGCGAUUUCAACUGAGGCUAAGAAUAUUAAAUUCUUACCAAACUAUUGUUUCAGUUCUUUCUGCUCCAUGUCACAUAAAUUUAUUUAUUUUUAAAGGAAAUGAGGGCAGCUAGACUCAGAGUUUCAGCGCACUGUCAUGAAACUCCUGAAGUCUCCAUGCUAGGGAGGAGCGGUGUCUAAGUGCUCUACUGUAAAGCAUCCACUCUUCGGAGCGGCUUUCUCCUCUACCUUUCACUUCUUUUUUAAAAGGCCGGAAGUGGCUCCCUUUACCUGGCGGAUCCCAGCCACCGCCUUCCUCCCUUUGCCCCUUUUCCAGGACACCAGGUGAGUUUUCACUCUGGCAUCUUUGCCCCUCUUACAUGGCUUCUUUUCUUUGUGCACCUUCAUGUGCUGCCUCAGAUGGGAGCUCUGGCUGAAGCACUUGUCACACGCCUCACACUGGUAGGGCUUCUCUCCGGUGUGGGUUCCCUGGUGCUGGAUGAGGUGGGAACUCUGGCUAAAGCACCGGCCACACAUCACAGCAGUAGGGCUUCUCGCCGGUGUGGAUCCUCUGGUGCUGGAUGAAAUUGGAGCUCUGCUUGAAUCUCUCUCCACACUCGUCACACUUAUAGGGCUUUUCCCCCGUGUGGAUCCGCCGGUGCUGGAUGAGGUUAGAACUCUGAAAGAAACUUUUCCCAUAAUCGGCACAUUUAUGGGAUUUCUUCCCAGUAUGGAUCUUCUUGUGCUGAAAGAGCGUGGAGCUCUGACUGAAACUCUUGGAGCAUUUAGCACACUUGUAAGGCUUCUCGUCCACGUUCCUUCUCCGUCUACUCAAGCCCGAGUCGAAGAAUGGCCACCCCCCAUUUCUGUCGCUGGUGAGCUGUCUUGCGCUUGCUCUCGUAGGCUUUUCCUUGGCUGGCGCUUCAAGAAAUACCCCCUUUGGGCUUUCCUAACCUCAUGGUGAGUAGGCAAAUGUGUCGGCAAGAGAUCCUACUGUCUUCUGAACUAAGGUCUCAUAUCCUAGAGUGACGCAACUCGGAAUUCCCUUCACGCAGGCCGCCACGGUGCCCGGCUCGCCAUGAAUGAGAUUUCUUAAAUAGGUUUUAUAUUUUGUAGUUUUCUGUGUAUACUUUCUCCAAAAAACCUCAUGGAUAGAUGAGGCUUGAAAGAUGGCUCAGGAGUGGUUUACUUUCUGUGCUUGCAGAGGACCUGGGUUCAAGUCACAUCAUCCAUGUGGUGACUCCCAGCCAUCAGUAACUCCAGUUCCUGGUGAUCUGACACCCUCUGCUGGGCUCUGAACAUCGCAUACACAUACGUAUAGGCAAAAUACAUGAGAUAAUAAGCCUUUAAAAGAAUGGAGAUAGACUGGGCAUAAUAUAAAACUUAUCAGUACAAUUUCCCCCACGUGUACAAGUGUACAUAGAUGCACACUUGCUCUUGCAUCAGGCAUCAGCGUGUAUCCCUUUUAUUCCAACACUGUGGGGACCGAGGCUAGAAAAUUACAACACUGACUAUAGUGUGAGAUUUAGGAGAAGGCUAUUUCCAUCCAAAUUCAGUGGUCACUGAAAACAUGAGAGAUCCAAGUGUGCUGGCACACACCUUUAGUUCCACCACUUGGAGGAAGAAAGAGUUAGGCAGGGCAGAGCUCCAGGGAUACUUAGACCCUGUUCCAAAAAAAGGGGGGUUAACAUAACUACUUCAAGGCCAUCUUGAGCCACAUGAAACUCAGAAAAGAAAAGGACUGUUGUGAAGAGAUAAAUUUUCUUAUAUAAUUGAAUUUUGCAAAAGUGAGUGCAAAUGCCAUAAGCAAAAUAACAUAUGUAAAUGAAAUAUUGAUGACAUGACCUGAAAGAAUUCAUUAAACGUUACGCAUGUUUAUAAUAUUUGCCUAUUCUUACUCAAGACUUCUUGACUGUAUAUUACUUCUUUUUUCAUUGAAAGCAUAACUUAGUGAAUAAUUUAAGUAUGACUGCAAAUGACUGUCAUCCCUGCUGUAUAAAACUGAGAUGAGAGAAUAAACUUGAGCUCAUAUUUGAAGACCAUGAAGAAACUACCUUAAAGAGAAAAAAGAUGAACUCUUUGAAUUGUGGUAAUUGAACUUAUGCCAAAUCAGUUGUGUUUCAGUCAGGAAACUGUUAUUUUUUUAUGGGUGGUGUUAAGUCUACUAUAGAGCUAUAUUGAGUUCAUUGAAUUGAAAUGCAUUUAUAAUUUAUAAUUUGGCAGGCUAUAUUUGUAGACACUUUAUAAAAUUGCGGUGAUUUAUUGUGCACGUGUGUCUUUAGGCACGUGGGUCCCAAGUGUUCAUUUGGAUGUCAGGGGACAAUCUUCUUAGCACAUGAGUCAUGAAGAUAGCACUUGGGUUGUUAAGCUUAUGGGCACGGACAUUUUACCAGCCCUUUAAGUCGUUUUUCAUUAGUUGUAUUUGAUGUGAAAUUAAAAAUGUAUCAGUGUUA